GACUGCUGGUAAAGUCGUGCGGACGCCUUUGGCGAUAUGGAAAUUUCACACUCAGCAGGGUAUAUAGACAUCUAAAGACACGAAGAUCGAAGGAAACCACUUCUUAACCCCCAAGUCCCUUGGAUGAAGUAACUCCCACCACUAAACUUGAGUGUUGCCCAACAUCCAUCGGUGUUGUUGCCAAAGAGAGAUACAACGCACCAACAGCAUCAAAGGAGUCUCCAUUGACAGAUUUUUGGCUGUUGUCUCUCCGCGAGCAGACGACCGUUGUUCCGUUGCUACCAAUUGCGAGGGGCACCCACCCAACAAAACUCUCCCCGUACCUUCCGAUUGCCCUCGGUUGGCACUCCAGAACAAAUCCAACCAUGAGCACUACGUCGCUGCGACGACGGGGCCAACUGAUUCCCUUGGAACCCCCUGUUCCUGGUCAGGAGGAAGCCCAUUACGAAUUCACGGGUGGCUUUGGCGAUGACCCCAAUAUCUUUGAUCACUAUGCAAGUCCUUGCGAGUUUCGAGUCAGCAACGAUCCACUGGUUGUCUUCGACCAGGACGUUUGCGAUGCGACAAUAUACGGGUGUACAGGAGACCAUAGCUUCUUGGUCCAGGCAAACGAGGAUGUGAGACCAUUGGAACUUAAAUAUGAAUACGACCUUUACUUCGGAUAUGACAGCACAUCCCACGAAUUCCAAGACAUGGUGGACUUUAUUGAAGGGACCAUGCUUGAACACAUGGCAACGUUGCUGGGUUUGAAAGACUGUAACGGGGCUUCUGCCAUCGUUCGAAGACGGCACAAUAACAAUAGACGGAAACUGGAAUCCUUCACAGAUGAGCUAAAGGCGGCGUUCGUUGCAAUCAAUUCUGAACCAGGGGACCAAAGUCGGUCGCCGGCCUACGAAUGUAUAGAAGCACCCCAACAAGGCAUAAAAUGCGAGGCAAUGGUAGGAUACAUGACGCUCUAUAUGGAGAGCUCGAUGGCUUCAACCUUUCAGCAAUCCACAGAGAUGCAGGAUGCCUUGUUGGAAGCAAUUCAGGCGGGCAUGGAAUCCGACGUCUAUGUCAAAGGGGCGAUUCAAAAACUAGUUUAUGUCGGCGACAGAUCUGCUGGGGAUGGGGAUACUGUCGUCGAUGAGACUCUUGUUAACACCCCACUUGUUGAGGUAACCAAUGCUCCAGACACUGAGGAGCCAUUUUCGAUUGUCAUCCCUCUUGACUCGGCUGACCCGGUUGUGCCGAUAGGAGUCGCAGAGGAACAGAACAGGGCUGUAGACAACGAAGGGGGUUCAAGAGCUCUAAGCAACACUGAGAUUGGCUUGAUUGCGGGUGGCGCGAGCUUCCUGUUCCUUCUCGUUUUACUCGCAAUCUGUUGCUUUUGCAAACGACGGCGAAGACGAACGUCUGACUCUUCUGCCGCAAGCUCCGGCAGUGAGAACGAGGUGCCAACUAAAAUGAUGAUAGUGGAAGAUGACGGGGAUGCCACAAGAGAAGUGGGUGGUUCAAGUAUCUGCUUUAAGAGACGGCGUCGCCAAAAGAAGAUUGCCCCAUCAAAGUAUGGCAUGGAAGGGGCUGAAAUUCCAGGUUCGCUGGCUGCCAUGGAUGCCCUCGCCUUGCAACCACAGGUGGGCAACAGUCAACAAACGGUGCCGCCAGAGAUGAUCAACAGCCUACACAUGAUGCAACGAAUCGAAGUAGGACGUGACACAGACGACGAUGGGCUCUCAUUACCCCCAGCAAUUCCUCGAGUGGUGAAGAGUUCGUCCAGUUCAAUGGAACGACAAGAACGACAAGUGCCGCCGGCGAGUCAAGUAGUAGUGGAUCAGGGACAAGAAAUGACAGCUACAUACACCAUGUCUACCGUCCCACUUUCGCCAGUGAGGAACUCCAAAAGCGGGAUAUCACCUUCCGAGGUAUCCCCCAAGCGGCUUCCACCAGAACUGAACACUCCGUAUGUCGCCCCACCGGUGGCGAAUCAGGAAUCUGAAUCGUUUGCAGUGAAAUCUCGUGACACUAGCUUUUAUGGAUCGGCCAUGAGCACUCUGAGCAAUCUGAGGCGGAUCGUAACUUCCAGCUCUGAUAGUUCCUGAUCUCUUGGCAUCAAAACCCCCGCAUUUGUUUGAAAGACAUGUGUUUACUGCAUUUCUCCGUUUCCGGCAGCACAAACUGCUGCAGGUCAUGAGCGACUGAUGACACUCUCUGAAACAACCAAUGACAACAAUAAAUUUGCUAUGCUUCGCUCUCUACUAAAAGUUAGGUACUCUGGUCGAUGUACGGUAUGUUGACAACCUCCCUUAACUUCAAUGUCAGGACUUCAUUUGGAGAUUGGUUACUACUAGCUAGAUGUCUUACAAGAGAAUUGUCACAAACUUCAGGGCAGGGGCCCAGGAAGCCUGGAGGUGCAUGCCUUGCAUUCAAGAGAGUUGUCACCACGGAAGCCAGUCAGGGAAACUUCUGAUUGGUACCGUAGCCAGUACCGGUACUGGUAUCCAUGAAGCUCUUGUGACCGAUACCAUCCGUGUCAUUUGCUAGAGCUGUCACCCAGCAGUCUUCUUCUCCUCACUCAUGCUUGGCUAGUUGAUAAUACCAUAAUAUACCAUUAUACCAUUAUUAGCCAUUACGUAGCUCAUUAGCUACAGCUCAAGGU